CGAUCCAUUCGGCCCUUGCCGUCAAACAAACCCCAGUACGAGUUCGUCUCACGUGGCCUUUUUCAUAUUUCACCGGAAUUAAGUUUUAACGGCGACCCAGGGUCACCGUUGAUAAAUCGGCUUUUAUCCAUUCCAACUCUCAUACCAAGCAGUCCACGGACGGGACAGAAUUUACAGUGGUGUUUCUGAGUAGGUGUGACAACCAUUGCUCCACUCGCCAAAGCUUCCACCAUUUUCACUCCAAGGGAACUGACGUUUUUUGUGGAGAAUGCCACGUGGGUCCACACGCGAACUAUUGAUCCUGAGUUUACCUACGCUCGCUAUAUUGAUAGGCGUAUUCUGGUUAAAACGCCAUCGAAGACGUCGCGACACUCACACAGACCCUGGUGGGACUACGGACAAUACACCUAACAGUUGUAAGCCCGAAGAAUUGGAAGUGAAACCAAUUGAAAAAGACUCGUGUCAAAACUUGAAAUUUGCCGUCCCUCCGAAAGAAACGUUGGACGUUUCAGUCGAGGAGAAGUUCCUGGAGGAAAUCAUCACAGCAGAUCAAGCUAGACCAGAUGACAUCGUGAAAUCUGGUGAAUCGCCUGUCGAAGUUGAAGAAUUUUGCGUCAAAUCUCUCGCACUUCCAUCAGUUGAUUUAUCACUUAAGUCCAUCGAGGAAACAUUUGAUAAAUCUGAAACUUUAAUUAGUAGUGCAGAGACUUCAGCAAUUUUAUCUCUAGAAGAGAAGUCUUCUACUCUAGAAGACAGUGUGAUCGCUGUACUCGAUAAAAACGAUAAGUGUGAAGUGCUGGAAACUUCUGAAUUAGAAGAAGGUGAAAUAGUUUCAUCAGAGGAAGAAGAAAAAGAAGAAACGGAGAUUGUAAAUCCCUCAGCUGUUGAUCAGCGUUCAGAACAGUCUGAUUCGAACUUCGUCCAAACAAGACCGGAUUUGGAAGAAGGUGAACUAGAAUCAUCUUCAACUGAGAACAGUUUCGUAAAGGAGAAAAGCGAGCCUUUAGGUAAAGAAGAAAACAUGAAAAAGGUCGCACAAGGAGAUCUAGCUGACAAGCUGGUGAACUUGGAGCUCGAUUCCAUGAAAAUCCGCGAUGAGAAACAGAAGGAAAACACCGAAAGGGACUCGGCUAAUCACAGCCCGUCUGAGGUCAUGUUGGCCAGUCCUUCAAUAAGCAACUUCAGCGAUGCUCACAGUGAAGGGUCGAGUGACAGCGGAAAAGGUCACAGCGAUGUAGCCACAUCCCCUUCAAGGACUCCAGCAGGUGGUAGCAGUCUUGCCGGAGACCUAGCUACUCUCUCUUUAUACGAAUUUGUCCUUCCACAGGUAAUUGUUGGAAGAUUGAUAGGAAGGCAUGGAGCAUUUCUCCAUGAAAUACGUACAAGUACACAAACAAAUAUAUUUAUCAAAAGACAUCCUGAUACGAAUAAACUUAAAAUUUGUGCCAUUGAAGGGACACAGCAAGAUAUAGAUAAGGCACUAGCGAAAAUAAGACAAAAGUUCCCUCUCCGCCGUUUUCCACAGUUAACACUCGAGAAAGUCUCAUUUGUAACUCUCAAUAAUUAUCCACCAUUAAAAAUGGAAGAUUUCCAUUUGCAAUUAGUCGAAGGUGUCAAUAACGAUGUGAUUUUAUCAAGUCUAAUAUCAGCUGCUCACUUCUUCCUGCAGCAGCCGUCGCACCCGACAUACGGUUCGCUGUCAGCACUCAAUCAAAUUAUGAACCAAGUUUACUCAACUGAUGAAGCCCCAGUGCUUGAAUCACCUGUUAAAGAUGCUAUUUGCGCUGCGCCAACAUCAGGAGGAUGGUACAGAGCACAGAUAAUCGACGUCGAUGAAGAAAACUCCACGUCAACCGUUAGAUUUCUCGAUUACGGCGGUUAUCUGCUCUUAGCCUCAUCUAAUCUGAGACAGAUCAGAGGAGACCUCUUAAAUUUCCCGUUCCAGGCUGUCGAGUGUUAUUUAGCUAAUGUUAAACCAAUAGAUGAAGAAGGUUGGAGCGAAGAAGCGAAAUUAUUCGUACAGAGUUUAACUCUCGGGCAAAUCCUUCAAGCGCAGAUAUACGAUUAUGCUGAAGAUUGUACACCACUAGUCUAUUUGUAUACUUCAAAUGGUCAAGAAGUUGUUCUUGUAAAUGAAGAGCUUGUACUUCACGGCUACGGGACUUUAACAACCGUUCCCGAAGAAUAGUUUGCUUCCCUUGGCAACUAAACACUGCCUGACGUCAUUCCCUUAUUUCUCUUUUUCUCUCUUAUUGUAUCAUAUUCAUUAAGCGA